GCUUAACAAAACAGAAGCCGGAGGACCGGAGGAGGGAGUACUACUGAAUUUUUUAACCACAUUGAACCCCCAUCUCUUUCUAACUCUCCUACUGCGUACUCUGAAAUCCUCAUUCAACUAUUCAAGCGGCUCCUGAGCUUUCUCUCCAUUGUAACGGCUUCCAAGGUAUCUAAAUUCUAACAAAAGUUUCAUGGAACCUUCAUAUGUCCGAGCCACAAUUCGUCUUGGAUCUGAGAAUUAUACAGUCAGUGGAAGCUCAGGCCGUCUCUCAGAACAGUUGGUUUCAAUGAAAGAAGAAAGCAUGACCAUAUUAAAGGAAUACAUCACCAAAACUAAUGCUCCAGCUGAUGUUCCUGAUGAACCACUUGAAGGCUCUUCAGGAGAUGAAGAUGAAAUUUCAAAGAAGCCGAAAUCAAAGAAGCGAAAAUAAUGUACUGUUGGCUAGUAACAAACAUUCUUGGAAAAUGUUGAAACUGAAUAACCAAUUUUUGAUUGUAGAAGUUUUAGAGAAUAUGUACUUAAGUACAAAUUUGAGAAUUAUAGAGAUUGGCAUAAAUUCCCCUCGCAAGAAAGAAGUUAUGUUUGUGUUCUCGCAUUUAGUCUUGAGAGUAGCGUCUCCUAACUUUGGUUAUUGUUCUCGCACUAUAUGACUUCAUGAGACUAUAGCUUAGGUUUAUAUUCAUUCAUAAAUUUCCUUAUAUA